GGUUCUUUCUCUGAGUAAACAAAUUCCCAUUGCGAUCUUUCUCUCCCCGUGCGUCUCUUCAGUGAGAGAUUUCUAGGGUUUUCACUGAGAUUCAGAUUUCGCGCGCUCGCAGAAAACUAGGGUUUUCGAUUUUCUUCCCCUCAUUUUGUACAAUUUACCUUCUUGGUGAAAACGAAAGGUCAUUGCAUUGGUUCUUGAAUCCCAAGAUUUUCGACAAUAACCGAAAUCGCGCGAAAAAAUCUCAGCUCAUUCCCUCAAUGUAAUGACUUCUGUCGUCAGCGAAUGGCUCAAUUUCGUUUCCGGCGGCUCCGUACUCUUGCCAUACUCGUCCUCGCCUUCGCCGGUGCCGCCGUUUUCGGCGAUGGAGAGCAACGGACGGCCCCGACGAUCGACAAUAACGACAUAGAGCAGGUGACUGAUCUAGAUUGGAGCAGGUUGUUCCACCAUGACUACUCGCCGCCGUCUCCUCCACCUCCACCACCACGCCCGCCGUCGGUUUCUUGUGAGGACGAUCUUGGCGGGGUAGGUUCGCUAGACACGACGUGCCAGAUAACGAACGACUUGAACCUCACCCGCGACGUGUACAUAGCAGGGAAGGGAAAUUUCAACAUCCUCCCCGGUGUGAGGUUCCAUUGUGAGAUUUAUGGGUGCGUUAUAACCGUCAAUGUCACCGGGAACUUCACCUUAGGCGCCAACUCCUCGAUUGUGACUGGAGCCUUCGAGCUCGAAUCGGAGAACGCCGAAUUUGGUAACGGUUCGGUGGUGGAUACGACGGGGAUGGCGGGGAACCCGCCACCGCAGACUAGCGGGACGCCAGCAGGGGAGGAUGGAGGCGGCGGGGGCCACGGUGGGAGGGGCGCGAGCUGCUUGACGGACACGUCGAAGCUGCCAGAGGAUGUUUGGGGAGGGGAUGCGUAUGCUUGGGAUACGCUUCAGAACCCUGAAAGCUUUGGGAGCAAAGGUGGGUCUACGAGCCUCAAGGUAGACUAUGGUGGGUUAGGUGGUGGGAUUGUGAAAUUGAUGGUUCAUCAGGUUCUUGAGAUGAAUGCUAGGGUUUUAGCUGAUGGUGCAAAUGGAGGUAACAAAGGUGGAGGCGGCUCUGGUGGCAGCAUCUACAUCAAGGCUUACAGAAUGACUGGUGGUGGGAUGAUAAGUGCUUGUGGUGGUGAUGGUUAUGCUGGUGGUGGUGGUGGCAGAGUUUCAGUUGAUGUUUUCAGCAGGCACGAUGAGCCCAAAAUUUAUGUACAUGGUGGUAGUAGCGUGGGCUGUGCUGAAAAUGCAGGUGCUGCUGGAACUCUUUAUGAUGCAGUUCCUCGAAGCCUCAUUGUUGAUAACUUUAACAUGACAACUGAUACGGAGACACUUCUCUUGGACUUUCCUAAUCAACCUCUUUGGACCAAUGUUUAUGUUAGAAAUAAGGCUAGGGCCACGGUUCCUUUGCUCUGGAGUCGUGUACAGGUGCAAGGACAGAUAAGUAUCUUGCAGGGUGGGGUGUUGAGCUUUGGGCUGCGACAUUAUGCUUCUUCAGAGUUUGAGUUACUGGCUGAAGAACUGUUGAUGAGUGAUUCUGAGUUGAAGGUAUAUGGGGCUCUCCGUAUGUCAGUAAAAAUGUUCUUGAUGUGGAACUCAAAGUUGCUCAUAGAUGCCGGGGAGGGAACUGCUGUGGCAACUUCUUUGCUUGAAGCUAGUAAUUUGAUUGUUCUCAGGGAGUCUUCUGUUAUACAUUCUAAUGCAAACCUUGGAGUUCAUGGACAAGGUCUAUUAAAUUUGUCAGGGCCAGGGGAUUGGAUUGAAGCUCAGCGCUUGGUUUUAUCCCUAUUUUACAGUAUUCAUGUUGGGCCUGGGUCUGUCUUGCGUGGUCCAUUGGAGAAUGCAACAACUGAUGAUGCGACUCCCAAGCUUUAUUGUGACAAUGAAACUUGCCCUUUUGAAUUACUUCAUCCUCCUGAAGAUUGCAAUGUGAAUUCAUCAUUGUCAUUCACACUUCAGAUCUGCCGAGUUGAGGACAUUCUAGUUGAAGGCCUUAUUAAAGGUUCUGUUGUCCAUUUCCACAGGGCAAGGACCAUAACUGUGGAACCUUCAGGAUUAAUAUCGGCCUCUGGAAUGGGCUGUACUGGUGGUUUGGGCCAUGGAAAUGUUCUAAGCAAUGGUGUUGGCAGUGGCGGUGGGCAUGGUGGGAAAGGAGGGGAUGCAUGUUAUAACGAUAGUUGUAUUGAAGGUGGCAUUUCAUAUGGGAAUGCAAACUUGCCCUGUGAACUUGGUAGUGGAAGUGGAAAUAGCAGCUCAGCUAGUGGAACGUCUGGGGGUGGUAUUGUAGUCAUUGGAUCAUUAGAACAUUCUUUGUCAAGUUUGUCCAUUAAAGGUUCUAUAAGUGCUGAUGGAGAGAAUUUUGAACCAGCAACCAGGAGGGAGAAUCUUGCAAUUUUUGAUAAUUUUACUGGAGGUUCUGGGGGUGGAUCUGGUGGGACCAUACUAUUGUUUCUCCAUACCCUUUCACUUGCUGAAUCAGCUAUUCUUUCUAGUAUGGGCGGUUAUAGCACAAAUGGAGGCGGCGGUGGAGGUGGUGGACGAAUUCACUUUCAUUGGUCUGACAUUCCCACUGGAGAUCUUUAUCAGCCUAUUGCUAGUGUAAAAGGAGACAUUCAUACUGGGGGAGGACAAGGUAAAGGACAGGGUGGCUCGGGAGAAAAUGGGACAAUAACCGGAAGGGAUUGCCCCAAAGGGCUCUAUGGGACAUUUUGUGAGGAAUGUCCAGCUGGCACUUACAAGAAUGUUACUGGAUCUGAUAAAUCUCUCUGUCGCCAGUGUCCAGUUAAUGAGCUUCCUCAUCGUGCAUCAUAUAUUACGGUUCGAGGUGGGAAUGCUGAAACUCCUUGCCCGUACAGAUGUAUUUCAGACAGAUAUCACAUGCCAAACUGUUAUACUGCUCUCGAAGAGUUAAUCUACACAUUUGGUGGUCCAUGGUUGUUUGGUCUUUUUCUUACUUGUCUACUGAUCCUGUUAGCACUGGUGCUUAGUGUUGCUAGAAUGAAAUUUGUUGGGGUUGAUGAAUUGCCUGGCCCAGCACCUACCCAACAUGGUUCACAAAUAGAUCAUUCUUUCCCUUUCCUGGAGUCACUAAAUGAGGUCUUGGAAACAAACAGAGUUGAGGAGUCCCAAAGUCAUGUUUAUAGAAUGUACUUUAUGGGGCCUAAUACUUUCAGUGAGCCUUGGCAUCUGCCACAUUCACCUCCUGAACAGAUACAGGAUAUUGUUUUUGAAGGUGCAUUCAAUACUUUCGUGGAUGAGAUUAAUGCUUUAGCAACAUACCAGUGGUGGGAGGGUGCAAUCUAUAGCAUUCUUGCUGUUCUUGCAUAUCCUCUUGCAUGGUCAUGGCAACAAUGGCGUAGGAGAUUGAUGUUGCAACGUUUGCGUGAGUUUGUUCGAUCAGAGUACGAUCAUGCUUGCCUUCGUUCAUGUCGUUCUCGAGCUCUCUAUGAAGGGAUCAAGGUGAAUGCAACUUCUGAUUUGAUGCUUGCAUAUGUGGACUUCUUUCUUGGUGGAGAUGAAAAGAGGACAGACUUGCCUCCUCGAUUACAUGAAAGGUUUCCAAUGGCAUUGAUUUUUGGGGGUGAUGGAACUUAUAUGGCUCCAUUCUCUCUUAACAAUGAUAAUAUUCUUACCAGCCUUAUGAGUCAGUCAGUUCAACCAACAACAUGGUAUCGAUUAGUGGCUGGACUUAACGCGCAGUUGCGCUUAGUUCGUCGAGGACGACUAAGAGUAACAUUUCGACCUGUCCUCAAAUGGCUAGAGACUCAUGCUAAUCCUGCAUUGAGUAUCCAUGGUAUUGGUGUUGAUCUUGGCUGGUUUCAGGCGACAAGUAGUGGAUAUUGCAACUAUGGGCUUGUGGUUUAUGCUCUUGAGGAUGAAGGCUAUCCGUCCGGUGCAGAAAAUAUUGAUGUAGCUUCAAGAACUGAGGAAAGAUCACGGCUUCUUAAUAUUAAGAAGGAUCGACCCCCAGUUCUUCCAAGAAGCAGAGGUCACUUAAGCCCUCGUGGAAGAACUGAGAACAAUUAUAUGAGGCGAAAGACACACGGAGCUGCUUUAAGUGUGAACAAUUUGCAUAUGCUUGAUGAGAAGAGAGAUAUCUUUUAUCUUCUCUCUUUUAUACUUCAUAAUACAAAACCUGUUGGCCAUCAGGAUCUUGUUGGUUUAGUAAUCUCAAUGCUACUUCUAGGAGAUUUUAGUUUAGUAUUACUUACGCUGCUUCAACUGUAUUCAAUUUCGAUGAUGGAUGUCUUCCUUGUUUUGUUCAUAUUGCCUUUUGGUAUUCUCCUCCCGUUUCCUGUUGGAAUUAAUGCUCUCUUUAGUCAUGGACCAAGACGUUCUGCAGGCCUUGCACGCCUUUAUGCUCUAUGGAACCUUACAUCUGUCGUUAAUGUUGUCAUUGCAUUUCUUUGUGGAUAUGUUCAUUACUACUCUCAAUCAUCUUCGGGUAAAAAACAACCCAGCACUCAGCCAUGGAGUAUCGGCAUGGACGAAAAUGAAUGGUGGAUUUUUCCAGCUGGACUGGUAUUGUGUAAAUUGUUCCAAUCUCAACUCAUCAAUUGGCAUGUUGCCAAUCUGGAAAUUCAAGACCGUUCCUUGUAUAGUAACGAUUUUGAGCUGUUCUGGCAGUCAUGAUGGUAUGUUCACAGCAUAUAUACAUAUAUUCAACAUUAACUCAUUUCCUCCUUCCCCUCCUUUUCCCUUGAUCUAAUACAUGUUUAAUUUGAGUACGGCCAUCUAGAAUAGGUCAAAGAUUGACAUAGAGAUGGUAGGAAAACUCAAGGUGGGGAGAAAUAGCACUACAGAAAAUCCAAAGUAGAGUUUUAGAGGCAUUCAUUACUGUAACACCUGAUGUUCAAUAGUUUUUGUUAUAAAAAAAAAAAGAAAAUAUUCACCUUGAAUUUUCCUACUGUGUAAAUAUAAAGUAAAUAAGCACUCUCUAAAUGUAGUUGUAGAUUAGUCUUAAUGCAUACUUUGUCAUUUUUGUUCACUUGGGAAAUGCCCUCAAGUUUAGUAAAAAUCAACCAUGAGAAUUUGGCAGUCUUGGAAUAUAAGAUUUUUUGAACUUCAAUCCUCCGGCAACCUUGCCACAAAAGAGAAGUUAUUGUUUCAUACUUGUUUCAGCUGUUGGUCAUUUUUUUUGUAAUCAAACAUACUUAUACUACAAUUGUAUUACUUAGCUUUUUUGUUUUAAUUCUGAGUUGAGAUCAUGGUUGGUUUUCAAGGUUA